CGAAGUAACAAAAGUGAGGGAAAACUGAAGACUUGAGUUGAUAGUUCAUUGUACAUAUGAUAUAGGCCCUGUAUUUAAAGAUUAUGAACGCGAUUUGAAAUAUAUGGAUUUGAUUAUGGAAGAUUUCAACGAGGAUGAUGAGGUCUGGUCCAAUCCUGUGACUGACACCUUGAAAAUAACCGACUCUGAGCAGGUUGUGAGAGAUGAAACAAAAGAUAGACAGUCUAUCCACAGAAGAACCAUCGUCCACAUUGAUGUGGAUUGUUUUUAUGCUCAGGUGGAAAUGAUCAGAAACCCAACACUGAGAGAUAAACCUUUAGGAAUUCAGCAGAAGAACAUUGUGGUGACCUGUAAUUAUGUUGCAAGGAAGUAUGGCGUGACAAAGCUUAUGUACAUAAAGGAUGCCAAGGAGAAAUGCCCUCAGCUGGUACUGGUCAGUGGGGAAGAUCUGACUAAUUACAGGAACAUGUCGUACAAAAUCUCAGAAUUUCUCCUUAAGUACACACCAUAUGUAGAAAGACUAGGAAUGGAUGAGAAUUAUUUAGAUGUAUCCGAGUUGGUAGAAUGCAGGAAAGAUAAGACACCACUGACGGUUGCAGGCCGUGUAUUUGGAGAUUCAAAUCAAGAUUCAUCAGAGGACAUCUGUACCUGCGGUUGCUAUGAGAGGAUUUUGAUUGGUUCCCACAUUGCAGAGGAGAUUCGAGCAGCUUUAUACAAAGAAAUGGGAAUCACAUGCUGUGCUGGUAUUGCUCAUAACAAACUGUUGUCUAAACUUGUGGGGGAGCAACACAAACCUAAUCAACAAACCACGGUCUUUUCCCAUCAUGCCUUGACUUUCAUGUCCAAACUACCAAAAGCACGGAGUAUUCCUGGUGUUGGAUCAGCCACUGCUAGAAGGCUGGCAGAAUUUGGGGUUGUGACGAUGACAGAUUUACAGCAGUGCCCCCUGGAGGAUCUAAAAAGAGACUUAGGCAACAGCACAGGGGUCACCAUCAAAGAGCUCAGCGAGGGCAUCGAUGGGAACCCAGUCAUUCCUUACAGCAAACCACAGACAUUAAGUGAUGAGGAUUCUUUUAAAAGUUGCUGCUCUGUGAAAGAAGCAAAUCAGAAGAUUAAAGAGUUGGUAAAGAGUCUCAUGAUAAGGCUGGUUGAGGAUGGUCGUGUUGCUGGUACAGUUAGAUUGACCAUACGUAGACUGAGUGCUGAGAAUAAAUACCUGAACAGAGAAUCCAGACAGUGCAACAUUCCCAGCCAUGUCAUCUCAAAACUGUCAAAAGACAACCAGGAUCAAGCCUGUGGUAAAAUGGAAGAUCUUUUGAUGUCUUUAUUCAACAAACUAGUUGAUGUGAAGAGGCCAUUUCAUCUAACUCUUAUUAAUGUUGCAUUCUGUAACCUAACAGAGCGAAGCAAGAACUCUAUUAGCCAUUUCUUUUCUCCCCAAAAGAACAAGAGUGCAAGAAGUGAAAACAAACAUUCAAAUGCUGAUCAUUCAAACACCAAUCAAAAAUCUGAGUUGUAUUUUGGGAACAAUGGUAUGAAUUCCUCAGCUGCAAAAGAAACUAAAACAAAAUGCUCAACUUCUAUGUCUUUGCCAACAUCAUCUACGAAUCAUUAUGGAAAUAAGAACUCCACAGGAGAUAAAGAACAGAAUUUUUGUGAAUCUGAAACAAAUUUGGACCAAGUUACAGUUGUACCUGUAGAACAGUCAUGUGGAAAUGACAAUGCACGCCAUCUUGUGAACAAACGGAAGUCCUGCUCCCCCAAGUCUGGGUUUUUCAGUAAGAGGAUUAGAACAGAUGAGAAAAGUUCUGAGUGUAAGAAUUCAUGUGAUCUGCCUUCUGUUGGUCAGGACUCCAUUGAUGCUGAGGUUUUUGGCCAGCUUCCUCCUGAAAUCCAGAAAGAAAUAACUGAAUCUAGAAACAUGCAGCAGCCUCCCUCUCCUGUCUUUGUCAAACAGGCAUUGGGCUCACCAAGUCAAAGAGGGGAGGUUGAUGAAACUUAUAAAGAUGGUGUCCAGAAUGAAAAGAAAAUAGAAAAUGAUUUGUUGACUACAGAUUUAGCAUGUAAAAGCGAUAGUAAAAACCUUAAAUCUUUCACAUCAGUGACAAAGACAGACAAGACCCCAUUAGUUCCAGCGGGAUAUGACCGUGACGUCUUUCUCAACUUGCCCCCAGACAUUCAGAGAGAGCUCAUACAGGAAGAAGAGAGGAAAGCUGAAUGGGCUCAUGUUAAACAUGGAAGACAGGCUGUCAGAAACCCACAAAGUAGAGACUCAACGAGUGCUGGAAAUCUCUUAAAAUACUUAAAAAGAAGAAAAUAAAGCUAAUUGCUGUGUCUUAUAAUUUUGUCGUGUUUUUAAAGGGAAAAAAUGAGUGCUGUGUUGAAUGCUAUUGUUCAUAUAUUGGUAACUCUUUUUUAAUAGACAGUUAUAGUGUCUAUACGUUAACAAGCAAAUGAAAUAAUUGGAUGAUUUUUCGGAGUUGAUUUUAAUCAACUCUCCUAUGCAGUUACUCAGACAAACAGAAAGUGAAACAGUGUUUGGACCUCAGCACAAAUCAUUGCUGCUGACAAGACUUAGUUCUUGAAAAUAAUUGAUAAAUUCAAUGUAAUGUAUGCUAAAGCAUUGUUUUUCAAGGAAAAUUAUUUAUAAAUACCUUGAAAAUAGUCAGAUUUUAAAUGGUACAAACAAUUUAAAUAUUUUUUGUAGUCUUAUGUAUUCCUACGCCAGAGUUCAAUAUAGUCUCGUUCAACUCGACGCUCGGCUGUCUCCGUAAAUCCUUGUCGGAGAUUUACGGUGUCAGCCGAGCGUUUGGUUGAACGAGACUAGAGUUCAAUAUUGCUUGGAUCCAUACAAUUUUCGAGAAAUAUUUCUAUUACUGAUACAUAGUUUGAUUGAAUUAAUUUUAUCUUUAAAUAUUAUUUAACAUGAUUCAUAUGGGGGUUUCUCGACAUUCUUGUUGAAAAGUCCAAAAAUUCAUA